AUGGGUUCUAUUCCUCAAGAUCUCGUUUACGACUUCGUCAUUUGCGGUGGCGGCACUUCUGGUUGCGUUGUAGCUAGCCGACUUGCCGAGAACCCCAACACCAGCGUUCUUGUCAUUGAGGCUGGCGAACACAACAAGGACUUGGAGAAUGUUCAUAUGACAGGGGGUUGGUCCCAACUUUUCGACAAGGAGACCGACUGGAACGUCGUCAGCGAACCCAAGGCUGCAGUUAAUAACAGACAAGUGAAGCUAAGUCGGGGCAAGUUCCUCGGUGGUUGCUCAGGAUGUAAUGGUACUCUAUGCAUUCGAGGCGCCAAGCAGGACUACGAUGACUGGGGCGCUGAGGGCUGGAGUGGCGAAGACUUUUUCAAGUAUAUCCGCAAGGCCGAGAACUUCCACGGAAAGGAUUGGUUCAAGGCGUCUUCCGACCAUGGCACCGAAGGCCACCUCGACAUCGAGCCGCACGAUCUCGCUCCCAUCUCCAACCUUAUCAUGGACUCCAUGGUUGACAAGGGACUCCCACUUGAUCACGACAUGUUCACCCAUGGAAACAACCCUCAUGGAUGUGGCCAUGCGCCGAGAACAGUGUACAAGGGAACUCGCACGACUGCAGCCAACUUCGUUACAAACGCCAACACGAGGGAUAAUCUGCAUCUCAUGACUCAGACACACGUUGACAAGGUUAUCAUCGAGAACGUCAACGGGGAGCUCAAGGCCACUGGCGUCCGUGCAGUCAAGCCCGACGGAUCCCCCGUCAACAUCAAAGCAACCAAAGAGAUCAUUGUGAGCGGCGGUGCCUACUGCAGUCCCAAUAUCCUGAAUCGCUCUGGCAUUGGUGCCAAGUCUGAGCUGGAGAAGUUCGGCAUUCAGACUUUGGUUGACUUGCCCGGUGUCGGUAAGAAUUUGAUGGAUCAUCUUAUCGUUUUCAUGUUCUACGAGACUGAAAAGGAGGGCCUGACCAACGACCAUCAUGUUUACCACGGCGAUAACUUUGCGAAGACAUAUGCUCUCUGGAAGGACCAUAAGGCAGGCUUUCUGUCGACCUUUCCCUUCGGUGCUUUUGCGUACGCCCGCUUAGAUGACCGUCUCGCCGAUUCGGACUUGUGGAAGAACGCCCCUCGCGAAGAGGGACGUGACCCGAUGGGUCUCACGCCGAAGCAACCCAACAUUGAGUUCUUCACCACCGAAUGCUACGGUGGACCCAAGCAGUUUGAUAAGUUUCCCGUCGACAACAAGCAUGCCUUCAGCAUGAUCGCCGAGCUCUUUGCCCCCAAGUCUCGGGGCACUGUGGCCCUUCGCAGCACUGAUGCCACCGCGGUCCCUGUUGUCGAUACCAACUAUCUUGCCGACCCUCUUGAUGUCGAGGUCCUCGCCGAGGCGUGCCGAUUUGGUAAUGAGAUCAUCAUGCAAGGCAAGGGUACCAAGGGUAUCGUCAAGGGUUCUUGGCCAAGCGAACUUGUACACCACAAGUACACGACUCGUGAGGAGUGGAUUCCUUACGUGAAAGACAACGCAACCACCUGCUACCACGCUGCUGGUACUUGCGCAAUGGGCAAGGCAGACGACCCGAAGGCUGUUGUGGACCAUACCCUCACUGUGAAGGGAGUCAAAGGCUUACGUGUAGCUGAUUGCAGUAUCAUGCCAACCCUCAACGGUGGCCACACGCAGAUGCCGGCCUACGGCAUUGGUGAAAAGGCUGCCGACCUCGUCAAGGAAACUUGGAAGCUCAAGUAA